AUGUGCGGACGAGUGAAAGCACAGCCAUGGCUUGAGCAGUGGCCGCCGAAGAGCCUGCCUCGUGAGAACGAUUUAUAUGGCACUCCUGCAGGCGAGAAGCUUGAGAUUGACGGCGGCAGUGCACCAAGGCCACAACCGAAGCCAGCACCUCCGAAACCGCCCAGAAAGCGCGAAGCGGUCGUGAAGGCUGGCGAUGAUAGAGGCGAGCAGACGAAAGCACAGCCAUGGCGCGGGCAGUGGCCGCCAAUGAAUGCGCCGCAGGAGAACGAGUUCUAUGGCACUCCUGCAGGUGAGAUGCUAGAGAUUGACGGCGGCAGUGCACCGAAGCCGCGCCCGGCACCAAAACCAGAAAACCCGAAGCCAUCACCUGGAACCGGGAAAACAUCGAGCGAAGGCGGCGAAGGUGGUGGUGCAGAAUAUGUAGGCGAGCAGACCAAGAGACAGCCUUGGCGCGAGCAGUGGCCACCGAAGGAGGCACCGCAUGACAACGACUUUUACGGCACUUUUGAGGGCAAGAUCCUGGAAUCGAUGACGGCGGUGGCAGAAGUGGUGAGCCAGUACGCAUCAUCAGAUACGACAGUCGGUCUGCCUACGCGUCGGCCUUCGAUCCUGCGCACAAAAGAUAAGUAG